UUUUUAGCCAAAUGUUUGGAAUGCCCUUCUGUGUUCCCAAUACUUCUUGUAUAGUUAAUAUAUGAUUUUAGUUUUCGUUAUUUGUAUUUAAAAAGUUUCUAGAAAUAACUUUUAAGAACUCUUUUUCAAAAGAAAACAACUGUGUUUGAUGAGAUGUUUGGCAAUAUUUAAGAAACUGUAAUUUGAAAACUAAAAUAGAAACAAAACAUGUAUGUAAUUUGAAAACUAAAAUAGAAACAAAAUAUCUCCUAUAAACAUCUGAGAUGUUUUCAGGUUUUGGUUUCAAAAACUGAAAAUAAUAACUGUUGAAGCCUAAAAGAAGGGAAAAUAAAAUAAAAUAAUUACUCCAUAAGAUAAUACACAUAAUAUAUUAUCUUCUAUAUUGGGCCUCCAACACAUAAUGACCCAACAUGAUAAACCCUAAUAUUUUAUUCACACUGUGCUCUUUCUCCCUAGUUUCUUUACGUGUUUCUUCUGUUUUUUCGUUUUGUGUGAUCUGGUAGAACAUGGCUCGCGGCAUAAAACAUCGCAUGAAGAAGAAAAAGGGCUCCAAGAAAGGUGAUGGCUCUUCUUCUUCAUCAUCAUCUUCUCGGGAACCACCGCAAGUUCCAUUGAAGGUGUGGCAACCGGGUGUGGACAAGUUGGAGAAAGGUGAAGAGCUUCAGUGUGAUCCCUCCGCUUACAACUCCCUCCACGCUUUUCACAUUGGAUGGCCAUGUCUCAGCUUCGACAUUGUACGUGACACUCUUGGGUUAGUCCGAAAAGAGUUUCCCCACACUGCGUAUUUCAUUGCAGGAACUCAGGCGGAGAAAGCUUCAUGGAAUUCAAUCGGGGUUUUCAAAGUGUCAAAUAUUUCUGGUAAGAGACGUGAACUUCAAGUUGAUGAUUCUGGCAUGGAUAUGGAUGGUGGUGAGGACAGUGACAGUGACAGUGACAGUGACAGUGAUAGUGAUAGUGAUGAUGAAGAAGAUGGUGUUAAGGGUCCAAAUUUGCAGUUGAGGAAGGUAACUCAUGAAGGGUGUGUGAACCGUAUACGCUGCAUGCCACAAAAUCCACAUAUAUGUGCAAAUUGGGCAGAUACUGGUGAUGUGCAGAUUUGGGACAUGAGCUCUCAUCUCAAUUCUCUAGCAGAGACAGAGACAGUGACAACAGAAAAUGCAGUUGUUGUUAAUCAGGUUCCAUCACAGAAAUUUAAGCACAAAGAUGAAGGUUAUGCUAUAGAUUGGAGUCCUGUUGUUCCUGGAAGGCUUGUAUCUGGGGAUUGCAAUAAUUGUAUUUAUCUCUGGGAGCCUAAUUCUGCUGCUGCAACAUGGAGUGUUGACAAUGCUCCCUUUAUUGGACAUACUGCUAGUGUUGAAGACUUGCAAUGGAGCCCUAAGGAUCAUGAUAUUUUUGCUUCUUGUUCUGGGGAUGGAAGCAUUGCUAUAUGGGAUACCCGUUUGGGGAAGAAGUCGCCGACCGCGUCUUUCAAAGCGCAUAAAGCCGAUGUGAAUGUGUUGUCAUGGAACAGGUUGGCUGAUUGUGUCUUGUUGGCAUCUGGGAGUGAUGAUGGGAGUGUUUCUAUUCAUGAUCUCAGAUUUGUCAAGGAAGGAGAGUAUUCUGUUUCUGUGGUAGCACAUUUUGAAUACCAUAAGCACCCAAUCACAUCCAUUGAGUGGAGUCCAUAUGAGGUUUCUUCAUUGGCUGUUUCAUCGGAAGAUAAUCAGCUCACAAUUUGGGACCUUUCUUUAGAAAGGGAUGAGGAAGAGGAGGCUGUAUUUCAAGCUAAAACCAAAGAACAAGUAGUGAAUGCUCCUCAAGAUCUGCCUCCACAGCUAUUGUUUAUUCACCAGGGACAGAAAGACCUUAAAGAACUGCAUUGGCACUCACAGAUUCCUGGAAUGAUUGUGUCUACUGCAGCAGAUGGAUUCAACAUCCUCAUGCCUUCAAAUAUUUAGACCACCCUGCCAUCAGAUGCUGCUGCUUCAUAAUUCCUAUAGGUACUGUCUGACAAGCACAAAGUCUUAAGAAUCUCAUGAUUGGUAUAGCGUUAAAACUAGAUUUUACCAUUUUCCCCCAUUAUAAUUAAACUAAAAAAAGCAGGAUGUGAUAUGAUGUUUGUGUAAAACUGUUUGCACUAUUAGUUUGUCCUAAUUAAAUUACUAUUGUAUUCAUCGAACUUACUCCCUCAG